UUUAGUUUUCGGGAACCAGAGAAACGAUAGCUGCGUGCCACAGCAAAAAUUUAUUCAGUGCACUGUUUAAAUCUCCAUUAUGGGAUGAGUUUUUAUUACUUGUGAAGUUACCAUAUAUUAGCAAUAAUAACCAGAGAUUUGACAACAUUUUUAGGGUAAAAUUUCGCUGCAGUUGUUACAAUUUUUACGAUUCAUUUGUAGAAGCAUUUUCACAGCAGCAAAUCUCCAAAUAAUAUUAUGCCGAAGUUAUAUUUACACUGUCGUUACACACAAUAAACAGACAAAGCGAAAUCAUGGAUAACAGAACAACUAAUGGAAAUGUAACAUCGCCUCCUACCACAGACUCGUCAGAUGAAUCUAUUAAUGCUGAUACAACUUGUUUAAGGCGAGAAUCCCAUAACAGUCACCUGUCAGAUCAUCCUGAUCGCUCAUCAGAAGACAAACCCUCUUUUAGUAACAUUGUUGAUAGACGCGAUAGAAAGGGUCUUAUACCUUUAUUUUUUGAAAGAGCAUCUGGAAACUUUUUUAAUCCAUGCUUUGAUUCUGAAACAUUGGAGUCAGAAUUUCAAAGAUUUAGUGUCAGUGUUGACAAAAUGCGAUUUCAAUUAGCACUUUUAUACAUAGCAUUUACCUGUUUUGCCCUUUCAAUUUUCUUUGGAAUAACUCUUCAUGGUGAAGACAAGCAUGUAAUGAUUUCAGUGGGUAGUGCAUGUGCUGGUGCCAUAUCUUUAAUAGUGUUUGUUGUUACCAAAUCUGUCAAACUUUAUAGCAAGCCAAAUGAAGCAAGAGUUUUAUCAAUUUCAGUUUCUAUUUUAUACGCAGUGGCUGAAGUAGUAUUUUUAAUUGUUGUGCCAAAUACAGAUUUCACUUUCAGUGCAAGGUUUGGUUUAGCUACAUGCCUUAUCAUUGUUAUAUACACAAUGAUGCCAGCUUUGCCGUUAUAUGGAAGUUUAAUACUAGCUGUGUUAUUUUCUAUUGCCCAUGAAGUAGUAUCAUCAAUGGAAACUGAUAGAAAGGCUGCCGAAAUUGCAGCUAUAAUCUUGCUACAUAUUUGUAUCCAUACACUUGGUAUAGCAAUCGUGUUUAUGGCCCAAGUUCGCAGAAGAAGUACAUUCUGGAGAGUAGGACAGAGUGUUGUUGCAAAACAAGAUUUAGAUAUUGAGCAACGUGUUAAAAACAGAAUGAUCAGAUCUGUUAUGCCUAAAAAAGUUGCAGAUUUUUUAAUAUUCAAUGGACUAAAACAAAAACGAGUUGGGAGUAGCAGACAGAAGCGAGUUGCAUUCAGACCAUUUACUAUGUACAAAAUGCAGAAUGUGAGCAUUUUAUUUGCCGACAUUGUUGGCUUCACAAAAAUGUCAGCGAAAAAGGAAGCAGAUCAUCUGGUUCACUUAUUGAAUUUGCUCUUUGGAAAGUUUGACGAGUUGACAGAAAUUAAUAAAUGUGAAAAAAUUAGCACCCUUGGUGAUUGCUACUAUUGUGUGGCUGGUUGUCCAGAAGAAUCUGAAUAUCAUGCUAUGUCUUGUGUAGAGAUGGGCUUAGACAUUGUGGAAGAAAUAAAGAAGUUUCGGCAAGACACUGGUGAAGAUGUUGACAUGAGAGUUGGUAUUCACACUGGAAAUGUGCUCUGUGGUAUUCUUGGUGAUAGAAGGAGAAGAUUUGAUGUCUGGUCGAAUGAUGUAACAUUAGCAAAUAAAAUGGAAUCUGCUGGAAAACCUGGCAGAGUUCAUUUCACAGCAAAAACAUAUGAAUUUCUUCGAGGUCAAUAUGAAGUUGAGGAAGGAGAAGGAAUAACCCGUUUUGACGACGGAGCCUUUCUGAAAUCGUAUUUUAUAACUGGUCGUAAGAAUGGAUUAUCUGGAUAUAAACCAUGGCAGAAGGAAGGCGACAAUGGUAGUAAGCAUUCAAUCACAAGCUUAAAUGAUGUUGUCAUGAAACACUCUGACAGCAUUGCUAAUGUACUAGUUGGUCUAAGCCCUGAAACAAAACAAAAGAUCGCAGCAAAGGGUGAUAUAGAUCACAAAGAUGUACACUUUGCUCUUCAGACUAAAACAAAUUCAUUCACUGUUGACCAAGAUGGCGGUGAUAACAUUGAGAAAGAAUAUUUAUCACAAUCAUCACCAACCACGUCACCUACUGGAGGUAAACUACAAAAACAAUUUGCAAAAACACCACUGCCUUAUCCCCGAUUAAGUGCCACCUUUAAUUUCACAUAUGGUAUGACUUUAAAUGAAGCCUUAAUGAGAGAUGCAAUGAGAGCUUCGAAUGAUAAUCAGUUGGUGAAACUUAUGCACGAGAAAAAAAUCCAGAGAGAGUACUUCUUCAACCCACCUUUGCAUUGGUGUUCUCUUAAUUUCAUUGAUGAGGAUGAUCGAAAGAAAAACAAAACGGAGAUCGAAAUGGACGACUAUGCUGAAAAUCGCAAAAAAGAUUUGCAAAUAUCUACAGAAGCAAAAUACAGAGAUGAGGGCUUUAAAGGUUUCAAGUUAAAUCCAAAAGUAACUACGUUUGCAUCUCCUAAAGUCCAUUUCUUAUUUGAUGUCAUCACAUGUGCUUUCACUUUAAUUGUUCUGACGAUCUCAUGUAUUUGCUUCUUUUAUGAUGAAUUUCCUGUUAGCUUAAUGGCAGUGAUACCAGUGUGUAUUCUUGCUAUGUUGUGUAUGCUAAUAUUAAAAUGCAUCAAAUUCUCACCUUCAAAUUUUCCAAAGAACAUAAGUCAAUGUACAGUACCAGUGGAUAAAGAAAAUAGCGAGACAGGAAGCACAGAUGUUCCGAGCAGUACCGAACUUCACGAUGUACGAAACCAUAAUAGAAAAAGUUCUGAUGAUGCUGCGAAUAGCUGUCAAACGUUCAAAAGAACUUUGCUAUCCUCAUGGGUGACUGCUCAUUUAACUGGUGGAUUGAUAAUGUGCUUACCAAUAAUAGUCGCAUUUGCUUCCUUUCAUGAUUGCUUUGACUCGAACUCGUUAGAAAACGAUAAAGAAUAUUUUACAAUGUUGGUGUUUGUUGCUCUACUGCACUUCAGUAGUUUUACUCAGUUGUCCUACCUCAUGAAGACAGGGAUAGCCUACAUUUGGUGUUUAGCGUUUAUCCUUCUUCUAUUUUUAAACGAUUGCUUGCAUGAGACGAAGUUAACUCGUAAUAUAGUAAUGACAGUUAUUCUACAAAUAGUUUUGGUGACAGUAUUAAAUCGAAUUCACGAGCAAGGUGUUCGUGCUAAUUUCUAUGGAGACAAGGAAGCUGCAGAACAGAAGAACGUCGCCAUUGAGCAGAAACAAGUAGCUGAUUGGUUGAUUCAAGAUAUGUUUCCACGGCACGUGUCAGAGCGGCUGAAGUAUACGAAGAAUUGUUCGAAUAAUUUUGAUAUAGUUGGUGUACUGUUUGCCACCAUUGUAAAUUUCGGAGAGUUUUACGAAGAGAAUUACGAAGGUGGAAUUGAAUGCAUUCGAAUAUUGCACGAGCUUGUUGCCGAUUUUGAUAAGGAACUAGCAAAAUAUGAAGACAUAGAAAAAAUCAAAACUGUUUACGGAACAACAUUCAUGGCUGCGUCUGGCUUGAACUACAAGCCAAUCUCAAGUAGCAAUCAAAUUGCAAAGAAGACACAUAAGUAUUUGCAUUUAAAAGCACUUGUCGAUUUCGCUUUAGGCUUACAAGACACUCUUAAUGAAUUUAACCAAAAUAUGUUGGGUUUCCGCUAUCGCUUGCGAUGCGGGUUAAAUGCAGGUCCUGUCACAGCAGGCGUAAUUGGGACAAUGAAACCUCAGUACGAUAUUUGGGGUGACACGGUUAAUCUUGCGAGUAGAAUGGAUACGACUGGUGUUCAAGAUAAAAUACAAGUUGAUGAGGAAUGCGUCAAAAAAUUAACAGAUUUUUAUACGUUCGAAUAUCGUGGCACGAUUCCUGUCAAAGGAAAGGGUGACGUGUCGACUUAUCUUCUCGUCGAUCGCAAGCCUAACCCACCGACCACAAGUGAGGAAGAGAUCACCUGAAGAGAAAAAGUGUUGCGAUAGAAUAAUUUGACUGGUUUUCGAUCGAAUGAAAUGGUGGACAAAGACAUUCUUCAAGCUUGUGUGUAUUCGUUUUAAAGUUCCGACAUAUUAAGAUGAAAUAAACGGACACGUGUAUGACGAGCAAUUACACGAACAUCAUAUUGUCGUGUAGACUGCGUAUUUAUUACAAUUUUAAUAUAUUUUUAAUUCUCAAGGAUUUAGUUAACAAUUAUUUUCAUCGUCAUUGCGGCUAAAAAAAGAAAUACAACACAGUUUGUUUCAA